AUGGGCCCUCCAGACAUGAGAAAGAACCGCUCGCUGUGUGUUCCCAUGGAAUGCCAGCUGCUGAUGCACGCUCGGUUCAAGGGGGACCUCUUUGCAAGUCGAUCGCGGCGUGCAAACAUCGAGUAUUUGCGGCGAUUUCUCAAGCGUAAUCGACUUCCUAUUAGGCGAAUAACGCACCAAGGGCGCAAACGAAGAUCCGACAUGGAGGUAGUGGGCAAUAUUUAA